GGAACGCAUGGACCCGGGGACUACACCGCUCGGAUCAGGCUCAAGGUGACAGGCACCACUACUACAACUCAAAUGCUGCCCGCCGUGUUCGCUACCACAGAGGACAACAAACCAGUCCCCAUAGUGGUAGACAGAGAUGCCCUAUCUCUGUACACUACCCCAAAAGAAACGUUCAACUAUGUGGAGACGGAGGCAGGCAAAUUGGAGAGCGGUAUCGCAGGCAUAAGGACAUCCCUGGAGCCCUAUUCGGCAUGGUGUCAAGACGUCUAUGGAAACAUAAGACCCAAAGUUCAGCGGGUCACCCGCUUUGGAAACGAGGUCUGUGCUUAUUUAAGACAGCCACCGGAUGGUUUCUACCCCCGCGCUGGAAUCAUUGGUUUCGCCGGUGUGGUGGGAUUUUUUCUUGCCAGAGGAUCUAGAAUAAAAAGGAUAAUCUACCCUGCCGGCCUGAUUGCCAUUGGUUCGACCCUCUACUACCCGGAACAAGCGGUGGCGAUCGGGAAGUCCACAGGGGACUCCGUGUACGACUGUGCUCUCCAGGGUUAUGUUGCCCUUGAUAAGUUGGUGAGGCCCGGGAAAAAACAAAACAGCCCUUCGGACCCCAAACCAUGAUCACAGACUUGCGACGAAUUCCGAGUCGACAUACUGCAAGAUAACUAUUUGAGUUAUCGAUCGAUGUACUAACUAUACUGAAUCGUCUGUCUUGCUUUUGCAUUAAAUGUCUGAGGUGGUGCCUCUGUCAGGGCUUUAAACUUGAUUAAAUUAUUUCAGAUAUAAUAUUUAUCUACUCUUAAUAAAAUCUUAAUUUCACAGUUUA